AUGAAGACGCGAUACCUGAUUAUUUUCAUCACAUUUGGAUUCAUAACCUGCACUGCUUUAAACGAGAAACGAGACGAUCACCAUAUUGAAAAAAGGGAUGUAGACACAAACAAAAAUUUGGAGACAGAAACAAAACCAAGCGAAAAAGAGGAAAAACAAAAAACUCCUCAUAUCAAAUACAUGAACGUUACAUACAGGGAGGAAUUUUGCAAGGCAAAAAACUGGUCAAUACAUUUUGGAUGUAACAUCAGUGGAUUACUAAAUGCUAUGCUGCGUGGGUAUGACAGAAGGUUGCGGCCACUAAUGGAGGCUCACAAGCCUGUUGUUAUAACCGUUGGGUUCUGGAUCCUGUCAAUUGACAAAGUGAAUGUUGUUGAUAUGGACUAUCAAAUUGACUUCUUUUUUCGACAAUCGUGGGUAGAUCCAAGGCUAAACCACUCCUUUAAUGGAAUGCUUACGGUAUCUAAUACAGUUUUGCAAAAGAUAUGGCAGCCUGAUACAUACUUUGAAAAUUCAAAACGGUCAACGUUUCAUGACGUAACGGUUGAGAACAAGAUGCUUCGCAUUCACCAAAAUGGAAAAGUAGAGUAUAACGCCAGGAUAUCGGUGAGAGCAUCUUGCCCAAUGAAUCUCAGGAUGUUUCCAAUGGACAAGCAGAAAUGUGCUCUGAAUAUUGAGAGCUACGGAUAUAGUGAUCGUGACAUUGUCUUUAAAUGGGAAAACAAAAGCAAUCGGAUCGCCAUUGGAGAGAAAGUCAGAUCUUUGCCCCAGUAUAAUUUGACUGACUUUCAAACUGAAGAAAGAUAUACACAGUAUGUUGUUGGUAAUUGGUCUGGUUUGACAGCGAUUUUUGUAUUAGAAAGACGAACUGGGUACUUUUUCAUUCACCUCUAUUCACCUUGCGCCUUGAUUGUUAUGAUAUCCUGGAUCAGUUUUUGCAUUCCCAAAGAAUCUACAGCAGCAAGAGUGGCACUUGGAAUAACAUCUGUUUUGACAAUCACGACCAUCCUUAAUAUGCUAAACACAUCAAUGCCUAAGGUUUCGUAUAUAAAAGCAGUUGAUUGGUAUCUCAUUGUAAGCUUUAUAUUCGUCUUUGCUGUGCUUAUGGAGUACACAUUGGUCUUGUGGUUGACGGACAGGGAAAGACAACAAAAGCAGAAACUAAAGAGAGCAAGAAAGAAAGAACAAUCAGAUUCUGGGGAUAAUCACCUUGACAGAGGCAGUAAGAGAAACCAUAGCAGUGAAUACCACGAGCUUCGUGCGAGGGUGCCAGGUGUUCUUGGAAAGCAUUUUGAACUGUCGCACGAUGACAAUCACCAGACAAAAAACGGUAAACCUGUAGUCGUUAUAUUUGAUGGACAAAAAUACGCUUCAAAGACAAGUGACCAAUCAGAUGAAGUCAAGGGAGUUGUCUCUUUUGGUGUUGGCAAAACAAGUUGCCAGUUUAAGGUCGAUACCAUCGACGAAUACUCCAGACUGGUAUUCCCAACAGCAUUUGCAACAUUCAAUAUUGUUUACUGGGUUAUGUUCUUAACUAUGAAAAAGGAUGAUAAUAAAUGAUAAAAGGCAUAUGAUGUCGAGUUGAUUAGUUUGGGAAGCUUAAUUGUUAAACCAAAGAUUUGGAGAAUAAAGAUCAUAAGAAUUGGUCUAGUUGCAGUGGUAUUGCUUCAUGCUUAAAGGAUAUGGGGCUCAGCAUUGCAGAGCAAGCACGUGGCUUGAAGAGCAGUAGUAACAAUAAAAUGGAAAACUUUCUACAAAUAAUUGAAAUCAGUAAUGUUUUUAUAGUUCAACGGACAUUCACUUUGUGUAGCCAACACAUUUAGCUUUUCUUAUUUAAGUUAUGGCUUGACUAAUAGACAAAAAUAAAUGUAUCCAAAGCCUUUCGAUAAUAAUCGCUAAUGUUUGUCAAUGCUUCAAUGAUGCUACUGCUGGCAAGAUUGUUGAAUCGUCGGAUUUCUAGCAGAGCUUUGCAGCAAAGUAAACAAAGUUGCGUCUCGAAAAGAAGAAUGAUCCUUAUAAAUAAUUUACAACAACUGAAUCUAUCCAGAUCGAAAGCCAAACAAAGCUGCACCAAACAGGAGAAUUUCAGUUACGUGGGACAGUGGACAUGCGCAACAUCAUGGUCAAUUUAUGAAGAAGUAUUAAUUAAAAAAAACAUCAGUAACUUAGAAGUAAACCUUCGCUCUGCGUGCCUUCAAAUGCAACUCAUAACAAUGGAGUUUCAAAGUUCUAGAUAAUACCAUUCGAUGACAAUAUAAUAGCGUUUAAAGAUCGAAACCCAUUUAAAAAGUAGUUCUAGGUUGGUGUAACGACAUAAUGAAUAUUAUCGAGAAACAUGCGACAAGUUGUAACCAGUUAUUACCACAAUUAACGAUAGUAGCAUUUGAGUUACCAUUUUUGUAAUAACGGCGUAAGUGAUUGACUUGAAACAGAUUGAUUUGAGGUACUGGGUAAUUAAAAGAAUUAUUACUGCCUAAAUAAAAUCUUUUUUAUAUGUUUUAUAAUUAAGGUAAAUACUUAAGGAAACAAUAUGACUUUAUUCUAGCUCUUAUUGAGAUUAUUACAUAGUGUAACCUUUUGAUUUCAUAGAUAUGUUGUUUGUGUAAAAGAAUGGUGUAAAUCACCUCCCAAUGAAAACUUAAAGUUGUAUUCAUAAUGGCAGAUAUUGCAUUUAAUUUUUUUGUACAUGAGAUAAAUCAUCCAGAAAAUUUUAUUUUGCCUUGUCAAAUUUUUGAUUACAAAAGUUAUAAAAAUAGGUCUGUAUUUGGUAAACGAUUGAUAUUCUAUGAAACACAACUGCCCUUAUUGAUUUCCCCUCUUAAAGACACAAGGAGAUUUCAAGACGGUUCUGUAAUAGUUUACUUUACAAUAGCCGUUUUUUUAUUGUUUAUUUCAAUUAAUGUAGUUGAUUAUGUAGUAUUUGAUGACGAUUUUCGUACAUAGUAUCAGUUGUUGCAAGUCAAAGGGAAAAAUUAAUAAUUUUGCUGUUUUUCUUUGCGUUACUGUGACUAUCAUGAAAACCAAGUAUUGUAAUCUUUAUAUCAAACGGAAAAAUUCUUUAAUUAUUUUGGCCAACCAUACCGGUCUUGUGCUCGCGUUCUUCUGAUUGGCCUAUUUCGAUCUUUAAUUAUUAUUGAAGGGAUAGUCUAAAUAGCUUGGAAGAUAGAAUGAAAUAUUCUUGAUGGUGAAUCACCUGCUUUAUAUUAUUCUUUCAUGACUUUCUUUAAAAAAAAUCUUGAAAUAUUUUAAUAUACUCUACAAAGAGAUCUGCAAAAACAUCUGGCAAAGUUCCCGGUCCACUGGCGUCUAAACAUUUGCAAUGCUUGGUCUAGCAUUUCACAUGUUUGAAAUUCGUCGAGAACACAAUAGGGCGAAAAACUAAAUUUGUUAGGUAUAAAAUGGUUAUGCUUGAGAGAAAUUUUUAUAGGCGCAGAAUCAAAGAUUCCUGGCAUAUUGAUAGCAAAAAGAAUUAGCAAAGUCAAAGCAUUUUGGAUUGAGACGUUUGCAAAGAUUUGCAUUUCAAGACAUAAAUUAUAAGUAAUAUUUAUACAGGUUUACUUGUUCAGGACAGAAAUCCUGUUAUCAAUCAAGGACCUGCAGAGCGAGAAAGGAUAAGAACAUGUGUUCUGCGUUGAAUUUUCUUUACUUACCACAGGUUACUUCCAAAAGGGAAUGUGAAUGAAUGCAUACUUUACUAACAGAGAGAUGGCACAAGACAGAGUAUUCGUGUAGACAAUUUCUUUCUGUAACUUAAUAUUCAUAGAUUAUCUCAAAAAUAUCU